AUGAAAGGUGAUAUAGAGUAUUGCAAAGCGGUCGAAAAUGAAAAGCCCCGACGGAUUUACGGUGAGGGGAAGAUUUGUGCUAUUGCCUUGAAACCAAAGUGCCUGGCCCGUCGCGCGAAGCAAGCGGGAAAAAAACGAGAGAAGAAGCCGAAGGACGUGCUUGAAGUAGAUUUGGAGCUUUCGUCGGACGACGAAGAAGACAAGCUGUCUAAGCCGCGAGAUGAGACACUAGCCAAAAAGAAGAAGUACAAUCAGUAA